AUGCGAGACCAGUCGGAAACUGUUGACGACUAUCGUCGACGGAAGGCUUCUCCCCACACUGGGACAGUUGAAACUGAAAGCAUUGCAAUUCUGCAUUGUCAGGUGACUGAUCGUGGUUGUUCGGUGGUUAGCUAUUGCUCACAUCAAGCACCCAAUUUGCUGGUGAUUGUAAUUCUAGCCCGAGGACGUUGUGGUCUCUCCAAAUGCUUCACAUACUAUCUGGAGGCGAUAGCUGUCUUUGAUUUUCUCGUCAUAAUUUCCGUAAUCCUAAACAGGAUUGGCCGCAUUUACUUUAGGUACAAUGUCUUGUCAACCACCCCGGUGUGUAGCCUUAUUGCUGUGCUAGUGCACAGCACGCAAGAUGGCUCAGUCUGGCUGACAGUGGCCUUCACUAUCGACCGUUUUGUUGCCAUUUGCUGCCAGAACCUGAAGACCAGAUACUGCACUGAAAAAACUGCAUCAUUGGUCAUUGGAACAGUCUGUAUCCUGAACUGCAUCAAGAAUGUCCCUUUAUACUUCAUCUACAGGCCUUUGUACACAAUUAGGGGAGUACCGUGGUUCUGCAAUAUCAAGUCCACCUAUUACACAUUUCCUGUCUGGCAGGCAUACGACAUGCUAGACCCGAUCUUAAUCCCCAUUUUCCCAUUUGUUCUCAUUUUUCUUCUCAAUGCUUUGACUAUAAAGCACAUUUUAGGGGCCAACAGAUCCCGUCAGAGGCUUCGAGGUGUUGAGAAUCGUCAAGAUCCUGAGAUUAUGAAUCACAAAAGGCCCAUUGUCUUGCUUUUCGCUAUCUCACUCAGCUUCUUCCUCCUGUGGGCUACCCAGGUCGGGCGUUUCCUCUACGUGCGAGUUAGAGGUGCAGGUUAUUUCAACAACCAGAAUUUCAAAGACCCACAGUACAUAAUUUCGGAGACGACCAACAUGCUCCAGUUACUCAGCUCCUGCAACAACUUUUUUAUCUAUGCCGUGUCUCAGAAUAAGUUUAGGGAGGAGCUUAAGGUGGUGAUGAAGUAUCCCUUCAUCAUCCAUAAGAGUGUAUUCAAACGAUAG